CGCAGUUGAAAGUCCUCUGUUAGGCUCCAGUCGCCGCGCCGGGCAUGCUCAGUAGCUGGGACCGGCUCGGCUCCCAGAGAAGGAAGCAGCUUUCCGCGCCCCGGCGGCCGACAGCGGGCACUUUGAUGAAUCACGUGUGUUGAGGCCGUCUUAAAGAGAUAGGCACCGAAUUUCCCUCCACCCUAAACACCGCCCUGAGGGCGGUGGCGAAGGCGACCGUGGUUAAUUGCAACUGCUCAGGGGCAGGGCUUGCCCUAGUGCCGUGUAGUGGCAGCGUGGUUGCGUCGGGGGUGCUUGAGAGCCGGGAGUCCCGGGGGCCUGAAAUCGGCAGCUCACCACACUGUCCCUCUGGAAGAGGUGCUGCUGAAUCAGCGCGGGACAGCGUGAGCGCCCCGAGGGGCUUCCUCAGUUGAGGAGCAGUGGGCGCAGGUGACAGGGCCGGAGAAAGAUGGAGCAGCCCGGGGCCGCGGCGUCGGGAGCGGGAGGCAGCAACGAGGAACCCGGUGGGGGCCGGAGCAACAAGCGGAGCCCUGGGAACCGGGCCGCCAACGAAGAGGAAACGAAAAACAAACCCAAAUUGAACAUUCAAAUAAAAACUUUGGCAGAUGAUGUGCGUGACCGAAUUACAAGUUUUAGAAAAUCUACUGUCAAAAAAGAAAAACCUCUUAUUCAACAUCCUAUUGAUUCUCAAGUUGGGAUGAGUGAGUUUCCCGCAGCUCAGCCAUUAUAUGAUGAACGAUCUUUGAAUUUGUCAGAAAAGGAAGUACUGGAUCUCUUUGAAAAAAUGAUGGAGGACAUGAACCUUAAUGAAGAAAAAAAAGCUCCUUUACGAAACAAAGAUUUUACCACCAAGCGUGAGAUGGUUGUCCAGUAUAUUUCUGCCACUGCCAAAUCUAUAGUUGGAAGUAAAGUUACGGGUGGGCUGAAAAACAGCAAACAUGAGUGCACCCUAUCUUCACAAGAAUAUGUUCAUGAGUUACGAUCUGGUAUUGCAGAUGAGAAACUUCUUAACUGCUUGGAAUCCCUGAGAGUUUCUUUAACAAGCAAUCCCGUAAGCUGGGUUAACAACUUUGGCCAUGAAGGUCUUGGACUCUUAUUGGAUGAGCUGGAAAAGCUUCUGGACAAAAAACAGCAAGAAUAUAUCGACAAGAAGAAUCAGUAUAAACUUAUUCAGUGCCUAAAAGCAUUUAUGAAUAAUAAGUUUGGAUUGCAAAGGAUUCUAGGAGAUGAAAGAAGCCUUUUAUUAUUGGCAAGAGCAAUUGACCCCAAACAACCCAACAUGAUGACUGAAAUAGUAAAAAUACUUUCUGCUAUUUGCAUUGUUGGAGAAGAAAACAUUUUAGAAAAACUUUUGGGGGCUAUCACUACAGCAGCUGAAAGAAAUAAUAGGGAACGAUUUUCAUCAAUUGUGGAAGGAUUAGAAAAUCAUGAAGCUUUGCAAUUACAGGUGGCCUGCAUGCAGUUUAUAAAUGCCCUUGUCACUUCUCCUUAUGAGCUUGAUUUUCGAAUACAUUUAAGGAACGAAUUCCUCCGGUCAGGACUAAAAUCAAUGUUACCAGAUCUAAAAGAAAAAGAGAAUGAUGAGCUUGACAUUCAGCUGAAAGUAUUUGAUGAGAACAAAGAGGACGACCUAACUGAAUUAUCACACCGUCUCAAUGACAUCCGUGCAGAAAUGGAUGAUAUGAAUGAAAUAUACCAUCUUCUGUAUAAUAUGUUGAAGGACACUGCUGCAGAAAAUUAUUUAUUAUCCAUUCUACAACAUUUUUUGCUCAUCAGAAACGAUUAUUAUAUCAGGCCACAGUAUUAUAAAAUAAUUGAGGAGUGUGUUUCACAGAUAGUGCUGCACUGCAGUGGUAUGGAUCCAGACUUCAAGUACAGGCAAAGAUUAGACAUCGAUUUAACUCAUCUAAUAGAUUCUUGUGUGAACAAGGCAAAAGUUGAAGAAAGUGAACAAAGAGCAGUGGAAUUUUCAAAGAAGUUUGAUGAAGAAUUCACAGCUCGACAGGAAGCUCAAGCUGAGCUUCAAAAGAAAGAAGAAAAAAUCAAAGAACUUGAAACAGAAAUCCAGCAACUUCGAACCCAGGCACAUUCACUCUCAGCUUCAUCAGGAGGCCCUCCUCCACCACCUCCUUUGCCGGGAGUUGGGCCAUCUCCACCCCCACCUCCACCAGCACCACCUCUACCCGGAGGAAUUCCUCUUCCUCCUCCACUUCUUUUACCUGGAAUGACUGGGAUACCACCACCACCUUGGUUUGGGGGACCCCCUCCACCACCACCCUUUGGAGGACUUCCACCUCCUCCAGGAGCAUUAGCUGAUUUACCUUAUGGAAUGAAACAGAAAAAAUUAUAUAAACCUGAAGUGUCCAUGAAGCGAAUCAAUUGGUCCAAGAUUGAACCCAAAGAAUUAUCUGAGAACUGUUUCUGGUUAAAAGUUAAAGAAGAAAAGUUUGAGAAUCCGGAUCUCUUUGCAAAGUUGGCACUGACUUUUGCUACCCAGAGAAAAGUGCAAAAGAAUUCAGACGCUUCAGAAGAAAAGAGGACUCUGCCUACAAAGAAAAAAGUGAAAGAAUUGAGAAUUUUGGACUCGAAAACAGCCCAGAAUCUGUCUAUUUUUCUGGGAUCAUAUCGCAUGCCAUAUGAAGAUAUAAAAAACAUUAUUUUGGAAGUUAAUGAAGAGCUACUGAGUGAGGCCUUAAUUCAGAACCUUAUAAAACAUCUUCCUGAGCAGAAGAUGCUCAAUGAAUUAGGACAGCUUAAGAAUGAAUAUGAUGACCUCUGUGAACCUGAACAGUUUGGAGUUGUGAUGAGCUCGGUGAAAAUGUUACGGCCUCGUCUCAAUAGUAUUCUUUUCAAGCUCACGUUUGAAGAACAUGUAAACAACAUCAAACCAAGCAUCAUAGCAGUAACUCUUGCCUGUGAAGAACUGAAGAAAAGUGAAAGCUUUAACAGACUUUUAGAGUUAGUUCUUUUGGUUGGAAACUACAUGAACUCAGGCUCAAGAAAUGCCCAAUCUUUGGGUUUUAAGAUCAACUUCCUUUGUAAGAUUAGAGACACUAAGUCAGCAGAUCAAAAAACAACACUUUUGCAUUUUAUUGCUGAAAUUUGUGAGGAAAAAUACCGAGAUAUCCUGAAAUUUCCUGAAGAACUGGAACAUGUAGAAAGUGCAAGCAAAGUUUCAGCUCAAAUUCUCAAGAGCAACCUUGAAGUAAUGGAACAACAUAUUGUUAAUUUGGAACGUGACAUCAAGAAAUUCACCCAUGUAGAAAAUCAACUUGAUAAGUUUGUGGAAAAGAUGACGAGCUUUACAAAGUGUGCAAGAGACCAAUAUGAAAAACUGGUUACGAUGCACAGCAACAUGACAAAACUCUAUGAGAAUCUUGGAGAAUACUUCAUUUUUGACUCUAAGACAGUGAGCAUAGAAGAGUUUUUUGGUGAUCUCAGCAACUUCCGAACUCUGUUUUUGGAAGCAGUGAAAGAAAAUAAUAAGAGAAGAGAAAUGGAAGAGAAAACUAGGAGGGCUAAGCUUGCAAAAGAGAAAGCUGAACAAGAGAAGUUGGAACGCCAGAAGAAAAAGAAACAACUCAUUGAUAUGAACAAAGAGGGUGAUGAGACUGGUGUGAUGGAUAAUCUUCUAGAAGCCCUACAAUCAGGUGCAGCAUUCCGAGACCGCAGAAAGCGCAUUCCAAGGAAUCCAGAUAACAGACGAGUACCUUUGGAAAGGUCGCGCUCUCGCCACAGUGGAGCUAUCUCAUCUAAGUGAUUCCUGAUGCCAAAGAAUAUGAAAAUAUUUAAAUAAACAAAAUCACAUGUCCUGAGAACAACAACACAUGCACUCAAGGGAUGGAGAGAAAAUAAGUGCAUUUCUGCAAAGAUCAAACUAAUCUGGAUGAAGUAGUGUGCAUUUACAAAACCAUUGCAAGACUCCUCCCAUAAUACUAAUCUGAACACAGUUAUCAGGAUGAUAAAUCGUGUGCUCCAUUUUUGUGUAAAGAUGUAUAUUAUUUGUUAUUGUGUGUGACCUGACUGUGAUGAUGAAAGUGUAAGAGAUUGAAGGGUUAGAGCUUUGGAAAAUGGUCUGUCAAAAAUUUAAAAUCUUAAAUUUGUAGGUCACCUCACUAAAAGAAUAAAACCAAAAAAGGAAGAGAAGGAAAAACACAAAGAAUUAUCAAAUGUCUGCUUCCAAUCCCUAUUAUGCAUAAAAAAAAGGCCCCCCAAAAAUGUGCAUCUUAAUGAUUCAGGGAGGGGCUAAUAUUGUGCACACUGAGAGAAGCCAUUUUGGAAAUUCACAAAAGUACUGCUCCGCCCCAGUCAAGUUAUUUAGAAUCUUAUCUCAAGUGAAAGCUGAUGGAUUCAUCUGUUUUGGCUGAAAUUAAACUUAUCAUUAGUCUAGCGUUUCAGCAUGAUAUUGCAGGCACUUAUCAUUGCUAAAAAUAAACCAAAGUUUAAUAGAAUCAGUUAGGGAACGUGAUUUAAACUUUAUUUAAAGAGGUAUUUUCUAAUUAUGCACAGAUAUCUACUUUAUACAAAUACUUUAUACGGCUAUUUUUGAGAAAAACCUCACAUUUUAAUGUUUAUGCUAGGCAUGAACCUGAGAAUUCUAUUACCUUUAUGUAGAUUUUAGAUGCAAAUAUUGAUUCCUAGUCUCUGUGGUUUAUUUCUUCUCUCUAUUGCCUCUUACUCCCUUGACCCCCUUGAAGGCAGGGAAUAGAGUUCUAGAAGACCUGAGAAGAAAAAGAUUUCUUUCUGCAGGAGGCAGCAAAAUCUGUCUGAAAGGUCAAUUGUUUUAUCUCCCUUUCUACUCCUCUUUCCAAUUCUGCUUUGAUGGUCUGAAGAAGAAAAAGAAAUUCUAUGUACGUAUGUAAAUAUGUAUAUAUAGUUAUAUCUCCUGCUACAAUAAUUCCAUAUCCUAGUCACUAAGUGAACUUCUCAAUCAUCAUCAUACUUACUUACCUUAUAUUAACAAAUUAAAUUGACGCUGCCAAAACAACUCUAGGAGGAAAAACACUGGUGUCCUCUAGAGGUAGUCAUUUUUCUUAAAUAGAUGAGGGAAUAAAAAUCAUACUUAACUUGUCUAUUAUUUUUCUUAAAUAGAUGAGGGAAUAAAAAUCAUACUUAACUUGUCUAUUAUUUUAAAAUAUGCAUUGAAAUAACGUGGCAUAACUACUCUAGAGUGCAAUUUCAAGACUAAUUCAUGCAGAUGAUUGUUAUUAUUGUAAAAGAUUUCUUAUAUAUAUGUUUGAGAGAUAGAAAAUACUAUUUCUAUUCCUCCAAAGCACAUCAUACCCAUUCAGAGAGAAGAGCAAAUGACAGGCUUGGCAAGUCCCCAUCUAAGAUAAUAUAAACAAGUGACCGAUAGCUCACAGAUUCUUUUAUAUAGGUGUAUAAUGAUUCAAACUGCUGCCUUUUCCUCCAUUGCAUUCUUACUUAGGUAUUAUAUUUUAAAAGCUCUGAAGCUGCUACAAUAGAGAAAUCAAAAAGAGGGACGGUAUCUGAGAUUUUGCAGUUCUGUCCUGUCUGAAAAUACAUACAGACACACACAUCUAAGGGAUAUAUCAGUUUCACACACUGUUUUUUAAUAACAACAAAAGUGUAGGUUCCACUAAUUUAUGUAAAUACCUACUAUGUGUAUUUUUGACUUUACAGGAGAUUUUUUUGAAAUCUCCAUGAUAUGGCUUCUUUGAGUCUUUUGAUAGCUUUUCAGCCUAUAAGAAAAUGAUUUUGAAAUGUUAACUCUGACUAAAAUUGGGGAGCAUUUGCCAUGCUGUAUUAUCAAGCUGGUUAAGGUAGAAAUACCAAUUUGUAUCAACUUUUCCAGAUGUGAACUUGCCUUAUUUUCUAGUUUGUGAACAAGAAUGAAUGAAGUACUAUAUUGAUAAAUUAUAUACUUAUAUUUAGAACAGUUCUCCUUACUUUUUGCAACCAUAAAAACACCAUUAAAAAUUAUCACCCCUCAAAAAUGCAUAAUGACAUUUGUGGUAUAGAACGAAAUUAUACUAAAGGCUUUUGUUGGUUUUAUUACUACCACAUGUGAGAAAAACCAUUUAUACAGGGUUUUCUUCAGAAUGUUUUUUAAAAAUGCAAAACUAGUUGUAGUAAUCUCCUUUCACUCCUGUAACAAAUUACUACCAGUUUGGUGACUUAAUGCAACAGAAAUUUAUUCUGUCAUGGUUCUGGAGGCCAGAAAUUCAAAAUUAAGGUGUUGGCAGGGCCAUACUCCCCCCAGAGGUUCUAGAGGAGAAUCUGUCUUUGCCACUUCCAGCGGCUACUGGCAUGCCUUAGCUGAUUGCCACAUCUUUCUCUCUGCUCCAUCUUUACAUCACCUUCUUCUCUGAGUACCUGAUCUCCCCUCUACCUCUGUCUUAGAAGGAUGCUUAUGAUGAUAUGUAGCGACCACCCAGAUUAAUCCAGGAAAAUCAUCUCAUCUCAAUAUCCUUAACUUAAUUACACCCGUAAGACCCUUUUUCCAAAUAAGAUAACAUUCACAAAUUCUGGGGAUUAGGAUAUAGCCAUACCUUUGGAGGGGAGGGGGUGCCAUUCAUCCCACUAUACUAGUCAUUGCAUGUAAGAAUGUGGACAUAUCUUUUUGAAAGCCAGCCUCAGCCUACCAUAGUUCACCCCCCUCUGGCCAAAAAUUAUGUCUGGUGCAUGUAUAAAAUACAUUCAACCCUUGCUGACAUUACCAAAAGCCUCAACUUAUUACAGCAUCAACUCUGAGUCCAAGAUCUCAUUUAAAUAUCAUAAUUUCAGAAAUCCCAAAUCAUCAUUUGGAUGAUCUCAGUCAGGUAUGAGUGCAACUCUGAGUAUGAUCCAACCUGGGCAAAAUUCCUCUCUAUCUUUGAACCAGUGAAACAAAAAAGAAUUUAUCUAUUUCCAAAAUACAGUGGUGGAACAGACAUACUGUAACAAUUACAGCUAUUCCUAUUACAAAAAGUAGAGAAUGGAAAGUAGAAAGGAGUCACCUGUUCCAAUCAGUUUCAAAAUCCAACCAGACAAAUUUCCUUUAGGUUUAAAUGCCUAGCAAUAAUCCUCUGUGUCUCAGGGCUUCACCCUUUGGGCUUACAGCUCUUCCUUCUUAGACCAUGGAUUGGGCUUCUGCCUCUAUGCCCAUAGAUCUGCCCUCAGGUUGAUCCUUCCUUUAUCUUGAAGUGUAGCACAUGUUUGCAGCUGAAUAGUUUUAUCAACCUAUUUCCUUCCUUUAGGAUUUUGGCAAUCUGAAAAUCUUUUAUCAUUUUUUUUUUCUAACUCUAUCCCUUUCAGGCCAUGUUGGAAGUGUUUCCACUAAUGUAAAAUUCUCAAAACUUUGUAGGUCUCCCAAGUCUGUCACAUUGAUUCACACCUUUAGAAAAGAGGGUUGUUGGAGAUUUUUCUUGUAUAACUCCAUCUCUAAUCUUGGCUUCUACUGGGAUGGUUGAGUGAAACCAUGAUUCAGUACCUAAUCCCUUCAGCACUGGGCAAAGGUUGUCCAGCCACACGUGUGGCCUUAUUCCAGAGCACACUUUGCUAACAGUGAAUCUCCUCAUUUGAGCCUUUUUUGUGAUCUAAAUAGACUCAGAAUCUCUCCAGUCAUCAAAUGCUGAUCCUUUUUUGCUUAACUGUUCUUUCCUCAAUGUAUCUGUUGUCUCUCUUAUUUACGCAUCAAAAGAAACUAGGCUAUACCUUUAAUACUAUGCUUGAAAAUCUCCUGAGCUAAAACAUUCAAGUUCAUCCCUUGCAAGUUCUGCUUUCCACAAACUCAUAGAACACAAUUCAGAUAAACUUUCUGCCCCUAUUUAUAAUAACAAGGAUUGUGUUUCUUCCAGUUUCCAAUAAAAUAUUCAUUUCCUUCUGAACCCUCCCCCCAAAUGCCUGUGACAUUCAUAUUUCUACCAACAGUGUGGUUAAAGCAAUCUAUGCUUUUUCUAUCACACACAUCAAAAUUCUUCCAGUCUCUACCCAUUAUCCAAUUCCCAAGCCCCUUCACAUUUUUAAGUAUUUGUUACAGUGGUGCCCCAUUUCUCAGCACCAAAAUCUAUAUCAGAUUCCUGUGGCUGCUGUAACAAAUAAACCUCAAACAUAGUAGCCUAAAACAAUAGAAAUUUAUUCUCUUGCUGUUUUGCAGGCUAGAAAUUGAGGCAUUGGCAGGGUUGAACUCUUUUCUGGAGCCUCUGGGGGAAAAUCCAUUCCUUGCGUCUUCCAGUUUCUUUGGCUGCCCAAGGCUUCCAUUCCUUGGCUGUGGUUGCAUCUCUCUCUGCUCUGUCUUCACAACACCUUCCCCUCUGUAUGUAUAAUCUACCUCUGCCUCUCUCUGAAAAGGACACUGGGGGUAGCAUUUAGGGCCCACCCAGAUUAUUCAUGAUAUCUUAUCUCAAGAUCCUCAACUCAGUCAAAAAAGACCCCUUUUUUCAAAUAAGGCAAUAUUAUAGGUUAUAAGGACUAGGAUAUGGACAUAUCUUUUGGGAGAAGGGGGCACCAUUCAGCCCACUAUACUAGUCAUUGCACAUAUGUGUACUUUUCACUUUUUAAAUGCAUCCUUGGUGCUCAAGCCAAAUUUAAAUUUGUCUCUAAAAGCUAUUGUCUGCACAGGCUAUGUUACUGCAUGCUUUGUUGUUAAAUAAUAGACAGGCUAUUCUCAAUUUUGGUUGAUCCUUUUGCCAUUUUGCCAAUUAGCUUGAAAAGAAAAUAGAUCCCACCUCUGCACCUUUUCUGCCCUUUUUAUGGAGUCUUUGACCAAACGUCUUCUAUGAUUCUCAAUGCAGGCACAAAACUACCUCUGAUACAGAAGGGUUCUUUUACAAGCUUAUUUUAAAUAUUAUGAAUCCCUCAGCUGAAGGGAGAGGUGAAAGAAAAGACUGCUUUGAAUGAGUAUUGAGGGAAGAUUGUGUCCAAACCAAGCCAAUAGCAGUAGCAGUAGAACUGUGGAUUUGUGCUCUAAUUUCGCCUCAGAAUAAACACCUGUCUCUAAGCAGGACCAAGAAUGACUUGCAAUUUAUGUGUAAUGGCUACUUACUUAUUCAAUAAAGUUAACACAUGC